CAGCCGCCCGCGCGCGGCCGCCGGCGGCGCGUGUGUCUCGUGUGUGCCCCCACCGCCGCCUCCCCCCGGCCCCGCCGCCGCAUGCGGAUGAUCCGCGGCGUUAAAAGAUGGAGGGGUUGACGCUGAGCGAGGCGGAGCAGCGCUACUACUGCGACCUCUUCUCCUACUGCGACACCGAGAGCACCAAGAAGGUGGCGUCCCACGGGCGCGUCCUGGAGCUCUUCCGCGCCGCGCAGCUCCCCAGCGACGUGGUCAUGCAGAUUAUGGAGCUCUGUGGUGCAACAAGACUUGGCUAUUUCGGAAGAAGUCAAUUUUACAUUGCUUUGAAACUUGUUGCUGUGGCCCAAUCUGGUCUCCCUCUAAGAGUGGAAAGCUUAAAUACAGUAAAGGACCUCCCUCUUCCCAGAUUUGUUGUGUCAAAGAAUGAACAAGAGUCAAGACACACAGCCUUGUAUUCUUCAGAUGCUGAUAACCCAGCUUCAUAUUCAGGUGUGAUUCCUCCUCCUCCGCCUGGCAGGAUACAAGUCAAAAAAGGCUCUGUGAGCCAUGAUGCAGUUCAGCAGCGUACAUCAACUGAUCAACAGGAGUCCGCAUCUCCAGUUGUUUCACCACAGCAAUCCCCACCAACCUCUCCACAUACCUGGAGGAAGCACAACCGCCAUCCCAGCGGAGGGAAUAAUGAGCGACCUCUUGCUGGACCUGGGCCUUUUUGGGCUCCAUUUAGUGAAGUACAACCAGGCUCAUCUACUUCUAGUGAUCCCAUAUGGUCUGGCCAUUCACCACCACCCCAUCAAGAAAAUUGGGUCAGUUUUGCAGAUACCCCACCAACCAGUGCUCUUUUAGCCAUGCAUCCUGCUUCUGUCCAGGACCAGACAACAGUACGAACUGUAGCAUCAGCUACAACAGCAAAUGAAAUUCGUAGGCAAUCAAGUAGUUAUGAUGACCCCUGGAAAAUAACUGAUGAACAAAGGCAGUAUUAUGUUAAUCAGUUUAAAACCAUUCAACCUGAUCUAAAUGGAUUUAUACCAGGAUCUGCAGCUAAAGAAUUUUUCACUAAGUCAAAACUACCUAUUCUUGAACUUUCUCAUAUUUGGGAACUGUCAGAUUUUGAUAAAGAUGGUGCCCUGACAUUGGAUGAGUUCUGUGCUGCAUUUCAUCUGGUAGUUGCUAGGAAGAAUGGGUAUGAUUUGCCAGAAAAGUUACCUGAAAGUUUAAUGCCCAAACUGAUUGAUUUGGAAGACUCAACGGUGAUUCCUGUCGUUUCAGAAGUUGGAGAACAGACUGGCGAGGUAGGUUACUCUGGCUCUCCAGCAGAAGCACCUCCAAGCAAGUCUCCAUCAAUGCCAUCCCUAAACCAGACCUGGCCAGAAUUGAAUCAGAGCAGUGAGCAGUGGGAGACAUUUAGCGAACGCUCUUCAAGCUCACAAACUCUGACCCAAUUUGAUUCUAACAUUGCACCAGCUGAUCCUGAUACUGCAAUUGUGCAUCCAGUUCCUAUAAGAAUGACUCCAAGCAAAAUCCACAUGCAGGAAAUGGAGCUUAAAAGAACUGGAAGUGAUCAUGCUAACCCUACUAGUCCACUACUUGUGAAACCAUCAGAUCUCCCAGAAGAAAAUAAAAUGAGUUCAUCUGUAAAAUUUACGGCUGGAAAUACAGUUACAGAUGGUUACAGCAGUUCGGACUCUUACACUUCAGAUCCAGAGCAAAUCGGAAAUGCUGUAACACGGCAACGGUCACAUUCAGGAACAUCUCCAGAUAACACAGCACCACCACCACCCCCUCCAAGGCCUCAUGCUUCUCAUUCUCGGUCGUCAUCUUUAGAUAUGAACAGAUCCUUCUCAGUUACCCCAGGACAGCAACAGGCUGGAGUUGUUGCCUAUCCGCCUGCAGUGCCUCCAAGACCACAGCCUUCACAGGGCACAGGUCCUCAUGUGCAUCGCUCAGUGGAUGCUGAUGGCCUAAUAGCUCAUACCAGUACCUCACCUCAACAAAUACCAGAACAGCCAAAUUUUGCAGACUUCAGCCAGUUUGAGGUAUUUGCUGUUUCAGGUGUAAGCAAAGAGGAAGAAGAUGAAAUUGAAACACACUCAGAAGUCUUGCAGGUUGAAAAGCCUUCUGAUUCUGCGAGUUCUCUUAGAGUUGCCAAAGCAGAUGGAAGAGUUGAAGACAAAGCACCUGCAAAUGUCCCCAGUAGUGCGGGUAAAGGCACUACCCCACUUGCUCCACCACCGAAGCCUAUUCGUAGAAGAUUAAAAUCAGAAGAUGAGCUAAGACCUGAAGCUGAGGAACAUACACAGAAAACAGGUGUCAUAGCUGCUGUUCUUGCUUCACAGCCAUCUAUUCCUAGAUCAGUGGGGAAAGACAAGAAGGCAAUUCAGGCAUCAAUCAGACGUAACAAGGAAACCAACACUGUUUUGGCCAGACUGAACAGUGAACUACAGCAGCAACUAAAGGAUGUUCUUGAAGAGAGAAUCUCCCUGGAAGUCCAACUGGAACAACUUCGACCCUUCUCUCACCUCUAAGCCUACUGCCGUUAACUGUGAAUUUACUAAUUUUGAAAGGGGUAUUGGUUUCAAGGCCUAUUUAACUAUCCAUGCAUCUAGCUCAAUGCACUCUAUUCUACAUUAAAUGUUGUGGUUCUGUUUUGUCAAUUUGUCCACUUUUGUAUUUUAAGUAUUUUAAUUUCAGUACAGAAAAAAAAAAAAAAAACCUACUUUUUCCUUGAAUGUGACACUGCCUCUCACAUCUUAUUCUGUGGGCAUCCGUGAUCUUUGUUGGACUUGAGUUUGCAGAGUUUGUCGCCAAAAUUUCCAACUGGAAUUUUUUCGUGGAUUUUCUUUCCUGUUGAAACAUCUUUGCAGAAGACGUUUGCUAAUCAGUUGAUUUUAACCUUUAGGCACAUAAACUCUUCAUUCACUAUGGCAUUUAUUUUAUGGUGCCAGAAAAGAGACAAACUACUAAUCUGUCAUCAGCCAAUGUUACUUCCCAAGCUGCCUUUCACAAUUGGAAAGUUGUUCACGAUUCUAGAAAGUCUGCCUCUUUGCAAUUCCCCAGCUUACUCAGGUUGGGAGAGUUCUUGUAAGCUGUUUGCCAUAUCAACUGGAUUGGAUUUUGUGAUUUUUGUUGCAUACAUUAUAGAGUAUGUAACCACAGAUUGCCAGGUGUUCACAUUUUAUCCAUUCAUGAUCCUGAUUCAGCCGCAUGCAUAGAAGCAUUUAUGGCACAAUUGGUAGUCUGUCAAACAGGUCUUUAGUUCUCCCUUUUGUGAAGAGUUGGGUGUAGAUCCCAAACAUUAAUUGCACAUUAUCUAAGCACCACCUGUAAUUGCAUGUCUCACACGUUACCUUUUAAUAGCAGAUCACAUCCACCAGUCUUCACUAUAACAAAUUGUAUUGUCAAGUAAUGUGUCAAUACCUCUAUAAACUUCUAAUUCCCAGCAAAGAAAAAUAUAAAACAAAAAAGGAACAGUUUUGCUUCUUAGGAAUUCUGGGGUACCUUCUGUCAUCUUGUUUCCAGGCCUUACUUCUCUGGCAUAUAGACAGGCUUCACUAUUAACAGAGUUCCUUGAGUGUAUCUUGCUCUUCAGGUUGAUGUACUGUAUUAGGAUUUGUUGUAUAUUGUACAAUACACACAUUUUGAUCUCAUAUGUAAAUUUGCAUUAAUUGCUGACUAACAGCAGAUAUUCUAUUUAAUGGCUUCUUCUGGCUGUGGGAUCAUAGAUGUUUAACUGCAUGGAUGUAUCUCUGCAGAAUCAGAACUAGCAAUUGUGUGAUUUUUACACCAAUAAAACAGCACAAUAUUUUAA